UUUUCUUUCCUCUGCAUUGAAUCGCACUAUUUGUUUUUACACACCUCUUGCGCCAAAAUGUACAAAAGCGGCGGUUCGACAGCGUUAAAACGGCUGAUGACAGAGUACAAGGAGCUCUGUCUGCAUGCGCCUGAGGGAAUUACGGCCGGGCCAGUUUCCGAAGACAACUUUUUCGAGUGGGAAGCGGUCAUUGCUGGGCCGCCCGACACGCCCUUCGAGGGCGGCAUAUUCACGGCGACGCUGUCCUUUCCGCGCGACUACCCGCUGAACCCGCCGACGAUGAAGUUCACAUGCCCCAUGUUCCACCCGAACGUGUACGCCAACGGCGUCGUGUGCAUUUCAAUCCUGCACCCGCCCGGCGACGACCCGAACCACUACGAGAGCAGCUCGGAGCGGUGGAGCCCGGUGCAGAGCGUCGAGAAGAUUCUGCUGUCGGUGCUCAGCAUGAUUGCCGAGCCCAACGACGAGAGCGGCGCCAAUGUCGACGCAAGCAAAAUGUGGCGCGACGACCGCGAGCAGUAUAACGCAAUUGUCGAGGAUAUCGUGCAGAAGUCGCUGGGUCUCUAGUUGAAAGAAAAUAAUACAUGACGCU